AUGUCCCGCGUCCCCAACCUCACCAACCAAAGCGUGGUCUCCGCACACACAGACGACACCAUGCUCACCCACCGAAGCUCCCUGCAUCCCGAGAACGAGUUCCGGCCCGAGGUCGACUGGGAGUCCGUCUCGCUCGGACUUCCGCGCCUCUGCCGCUACGACCCACCAGACUACGACAUCGGCAUCGCGGCCGUCUGCGACCCCGAGGACGAGGACGAGCGAGACCCCGGCUGGAUGCUCAUCGUGCACGACCUGGACCAGAAGGAGUGCCGCUGGUAUGCGCUCGGCGCGACGAAGAAGUGGUGGCAGAUCGGGCGCCGGAAUUUCCAUGGCAAGUGUCUAGUCCGGGAGAGGACGGUAUGGAAGCAUAAGUUCUGCAAUGCGUUGCGUGAGAAGAGGAGGUUGGGGACUAUUUCUGCGAAAGGCUUAGAGGCUUUCGAGGAGGUCUUUGCGAAGAUUAGGUAUCAGGAGAGGAGGACUACGAUUGAGUUUAUACGCGAGUGUCUUGGGAGGUGUAUAAGGGAGGAGUGCAUCCUUGAGGCGUCUGUUUUGGGGUUGUUGGAUGAGUUGGCGGGAGUAUGA